AUGGCGGGAGCAGUAGCAGGAGGACUUUUCAAUGCAUUUGCAUUUGAGGGAGCUGGAUAUUUAUUUAAGAUGCUUGACAAGAAUGGAUAUGCUGAGGAAAUCAAGAGACAUAAUCUUGCAAUGGAGAAUCUAACAGCUGAAAGAGAGAAGUACCUUGAAGAAGUCACUGAUAGAAGAAAUAGAAUAGCUCAACUAAGGGAAAAACUAGCUGAAGCAAAUCGUGAUAUCAAGUCAACGAACCAGUCACUAGAACUAGUCAGAAGAAUCAAUGAGUUAACACGUAUUAAGGCUAUGCCAAGGAAGCCACAAUUAAGUAAUCACUACAAACCUAGCUCUGAAAUGGAAGAAUAUAUGGCACUAUUUGGUUUAGUUGAAGGUGGGGUGGUUGGAGGGGCAGCUUAUUUAAUGCUAUAG